AUGUAUUUACUGUUAGAGGGGCGUCUCAAAAUCUUCACCAUCCCAAACUUACUAACUGUUUCUCGUAUUGCACUUACUCCUCUCAUUGUCAGUAAUGUUGUUGGUGGUGAUCUCAGUGCGGCCUUUGGUCUCACCAUCGUAGCGGGACUAACUGAUGUGCUAGAUGGAUUUAUAUCCCGGAAUGUACCAAAUCAGAAGUCAAAUGUUGGAAGUUUCUUGGAUCCUCUAGCGGAUAAAAUCCUUGUGACAGCUUUGGUCCUAUCUUUAACAUCUAUGGACUUAUUUCCAAUUAGUCUUGCCUGUCUUUUCAUUCUCCGUGAUGUUGGGUUGGUGACUGUAGUUACUGCAUCACUGUUGCGACACUAUAGCGCACAUAAUUCAAAGACACUUGUACAGGAGGUGGAAAUAAAAGCAUCUAACGUCAGUAAGCUGAACACACUUUGCCAAUUAUCUAGUGUUAUACUAAGUAUGACAUAUCCUUUGUAUGGAUUCCCUAAUUAUGAAUACUUAGAGGUUGUUUGGCUCCUAUCUGCUGGAACCACAAUCUCAUCUGGACUCGGAUAUCUAAGAAGUCUUCCUGAAUGGAGACGACGUGUUACUCAGACAGCUACAAAACAUAAAUAA